AAGUGCUUGCCCAAUGAUACUAUUCUCCAUGUUCCACCAUUUUCACAAACACACGCUUCCUUCUUCUACAAAAGUAAAACAGAAAGUACAAUUCUUCUUUUGUUGUUGUUGUUCCUCAAUUCUCGUAGUAACUUAACAUUAACAUUUGCCUAAACAAAUAAUACUUUUUUAGCUUUUUUGCUCUUAACUCUCAAACACUACACACUAAAAAAAGAGAGAGUGAGAGAGGGAACAAAAGAAAGAAGUGUCUGUGUUUUAUUCCAAAGCGGUUGUGUUUCGAAUCUAAACUUGCUUCAGCUUCAGCUUUGCUCUGACCUCUAGUCUCCAACAAGCUAAGUUAAAGAAGACGAAGAAGAAGAAGGAGCUGAUUUUCAAAACCCAGAAUUUUAAAGGGGGAGUGUUUUUUGUUUUUUUUUGACUUUUUUGUUUGGUUGGUUUGAUAGGAGUGGGGGAUAUGGCUUUUCUUUCAAUGCUAUGUUGUGGAAAGGGUACAGAUCGGAGUGAACUAGGGAAGAAGCAGCAAACUUGGAGAGUCUUUUCUUUAAGGGAGCUGCAUGCAGCUACAAACAAUUUUAAUUAUGAUAACAAGCUUGGAGAAGGGGGAUUCGGCAGUGUUUACUGGGGUCAGCUUUGGGAUGGAUCACAAAUUGCAGUCAAAAGGUUGAAGGUUUGGAGCAACAAAGCAGAGAUGGAAUUUGCUGUUGAGGUUGAGAUACUAGCACGAGUACGCCACAAGAAUCUGCUCAGCUUACGUGGCUAUUGUGCUGAGGGGCAAGAGCGUUUGAUUGUAUAUGAUUACAUGCCAAAUUUAAGCUUACUCUCUCAUCUUCAUGGGCAGCACUCCGCAGAAUGCCAUCUCAAUUGGGACCGACGGAUGAGUAUUGCAAUUGGGUCUGCUGAGGGCAUUGUCUAUCUCCACCACCAAUCCACUCCACAUAUAAUCCAUAGAGAUAUCAAAGCAAGCAAUGUGUUGCUAGAUUUAGAUUUUCAGCCUCGGGUUGCUGAUUUUGGAUUUGCCAAGUUAAUCCCUGAGGGUGCAACACAUGUGACAACAAGAGUUAAGGGUACCCUUGGCUACCUUGCACCAGAAUAUGCUAUGUUAGGGAAAGCAAAUGAGUCUUGUGAUGUCUACAGCUUUGGAAUACUCCUACUAGAGCUUGCAAGUGGCAAGAAACCCAUUGAAAAACAUGGAGCCAUAAAACGCUCAAUUACUGAUUGGGCACUGCCAUUGGUCUGUGAGAGCAAGUAUGAUGAACUAGUGGAUCCAAAGCUUAACGGCAAGUACGUCAAUGAGGAGCUGAAAAGACUUGUCUUGGUUGCACUAAUAUGUGCUAACGUUCGGCCUGAGAAAAGACCCACAAUGCCUGAGGUGGUGGAGCUUCUGAAGGGAAUCUCAAAAGAGAAAUUAUCUGAACUGGAAAAUGAUGAACUGUUCAAGGCCCCUCGUGCUGCAGAUUAUAAUGAUGGGACUUCCAUUGCUGAAGACAGCACAGACUUCAUCUCAGAGGAGAGAGAUUCAAAACAGGAAUUGAAAGAGGAGAAUGAGCUUUAAAAUUGAACAUAAUCACACUACUAACUCCAGUAUACAUUCGAUAUGAAGUUUGUAUUUAUUUUAUUAUUUGGUUUUUCUCAAGGCAAGGUGGCACUGGCUGUCCUUUUAUUACCAUUGCUAGGAACCAAAUGAAAGCUUGGUUUUGUGGCUGAUGUAAGAUUUGUGUGCUGCUCAUCUACUUUUCUUACUUUAUCCUGGAGUGGAUGACAUGGAAACUAUAUUUAAUAUUUAUUGAGUUGUGCUAAGUUUUUGGCUCUCGCA